UCUCCUAUGUUGAAGCGAUUGCAAGAUCUGGCUAGUGGAUGUUCACUCCACCUGAAUGUUACACUUACAAAGAUAAAUAAAUAUGCGAGUUGGUUAAAGAUAAUUCUUGUCUAUUCCUACACGCAAGAUGAAGAUUGCGCACCCUGCUUAACAGGGUUGUAUAUGACGUUAUGUUCAUCUUUUUUCACAGAUAAACAAAUGCUAAUAUCGUGCACCUUUUUGAGUUCAAGCACUUUGAGUUGCACCUGAGAUGACAAACACGUUUAUUUGUAAUAAAUGUUACAGCUAAUACUGGGCACUUAUUUUGACGCACGUUGUGGCGUGUGAAGCACAGAGCGCCGUGAGAAGCCACCGCCAGAACAUCAUGUCAAGACAACUUAAUGCGCGCAGAACAGAUGGCGUCGAGAAGAAUGUAUGGGUGGAAUUUUCUAAACUGGCUGCAGACUACAAAGCUGUGAACCUCGGACAAGGAUUCCCGGACUUCUCACCACCUCCAUUUAUUCAGGAGGCGUUUUGUAAAGCAGUGAGUGGAGGACCAUCCAUGCACCAAUACACUCGAGCCUUUGGCCACCCUCCUCUUGUAAAAAGUCUGGCUAAAUUCUUCAGCAGGAUUGUGGGACAUGAGAUUGAUCCUUUUGAGGACAUCCUGGUCACAGUAGGGGCGUAUCAGGCACUCUUCUCUGCGUGUCAGGCUCUGGUUGAUGAAGGGGAUGAGGUGAUCAUCAUCGAGCCGUUCUUUGACUGCUACCAGCCAAUGGUGGUAAUGGCUGGAGGCAAGGCAGUAUAUGUACCCCUGAGGCCGAAAAAGGAGAGCGGUGCUGUCCUGUCAAGUGGAGACUGGGUUCUUUCUGCUAAGGAGCUGGCCAGCAAAAUCACUCCACGCACAAAAGCCAUCAUUAUCAACACUCCCAACAACCCGUUAGGAAAGGUUUACAAGACUGAAGAGCUCCAAAUGAUCGCAGAUCUGUGCAUCAAACACGACUUGCUGUGCAUUAGCGACGAGGUAUACGAGUGGCUGACUUAUGACGGAGCCAAGCACGUAAAGAUAGCCAGCCUCCCUGGCAUGUGGGAUCGAACCAUAACGAUCGGCAGUGCUGGAAAGACUUUCAGUGCCACUGGAUGGAAGGUGGGCUGGGCUAUUGGCUCUGCACAUGUCAUGAAACACAUGAAAACCAUCCACCAGAACACGGUUUUUGACUGUGCAACAGCUGCUCAGGAGGCAGUAGCUCAUGGAUUUGACAGAGAGUAUGAGCUGUUUGGGACUCCAGAGAGCUACUUCCAGCAGCUGCCUGACAUUCUGCAACACAAGAGGAAGAAGCUGGCCUUGUGUCUGGAGAGUGUAGGUUUGCAGCCCAUCAUGCCAGAGGGAGGCUAUUUUAUGAUCGUAGACAUCUCCUCUGUCAAGAUGGACAUCAAUGACGAAAGCACCAAGGAUGAAGCCUAUGAUUUCAGAUUUGUGAAAUGGCUCACUAAAGAAAAGGGUUUAGCAACAAUCCCUGUCUCUGCUUUCUACAGUCCAGAGCACAGCAAGGAGUUUGACAAGUACAUCAGAUUCUGCUUUGUCAAGGAAGACUCCACCCUGGACGCAGCAGCGGACAUUUUGAGAAAAUCGUCCAUGAUGUGAAACAUCACCCAUCCAUUCAGAUCUUAACAAGCUACUUAAAAGUACUUGACUUGGUCUGACUAAUGAGUUCAGUCAUCAUCCUAAUUUCCAAGAGUAUGUCCCCACAUUAGCUGUAUUACAGUCCUUAUAUUGUGAAUAACACUCACAAAAAAAAAAAAUAUAUAAAAAUAUUUCUGUGAUUUUUCCCUUUUCGUUUGUUGAUUUUGUCUAUUUAAACUGUGUAUAAUAAAUGUGUUGUUUUUGGGGUUUCAUGUGAGUGAAACAAUAAGAGUAAACUCUAUGACAAUAUAAA